GGAUUAUGGAAAAUUUUAAGUUGAGAGCAAGCAGUUGUGAGUGUCUCUCAGUCACUGGUGAGAGAAAAGGAGGGAGAGAGACCAAGGGUGAGAAGAAAUGUCCAACGCCAGCCUUGUGACAGCGUUCAUCCUCAUGGGCCUUCCCCAUGCCCCAGUGCUGGACGCCCCCCUCUUUGGAGUCUUCCUGGUGGCUUACGUGCUCACUGUGCUGGGGAACCUCCUCAUCCUGCUGGUGAUCAGGGUGGAUUCUCACCUCCACACCCCCAUGUACUACUUCCUCACCAACCUGUCCUUCAUUGACAUAUGGUUCUCCACUGUCACGGUGCCCAAAAUGCUGAUGACCUUGGUGUCCCCAAGUGGCAGGGCUAUCUCCUUCCACAGCUGUGUGGCUCAGCUCUAUUUCUUUCACUUCCUAGGGGGCACCGAGUGUUUCCUCUACACAGUCAUGUCCUAUGAUCGCUACCUGGCCAUCAGUUACCCGCUCAGGUACACCAGCAUGAUGACUGGGCGCUCGUGUACUCUCCUGGCCACCAGCACUUGGCUCAGUGGCUCUCUGCACUCUGCUGUCCAGACCAUAUUGACUUUCCGUUUGCCCUACUGUGGACCCAACCAGAUCCAGCACUAUUUGUGUGAUGCACCGCCCAUCCUGAAACUGGCCUGUGCAGACACCUCGGCCAUAGAAAUUGUCAUUUUUGUGACUGUUGGAAUAGUGGCCUCGGGCUGCUUUCUCCUGAUAGUGCUAUCCUAUGUGUCCAUCGUCUGUUCCAUCCUGCGGAUCCGCACCUCACAGGGGAGGCACAGAGCCUUUCAGACCUGUGCCUCCCACUGCAUCGUGGUCCUUUGCUUCUUUGGCCCUGGUCUUUUCAUUUACCUGAGGCCAGGCUCCAGGAAAGCUGUGGAUGGAGUUGUGGCCGUUUUCUACACUGUGCUGACGCCCCUUCUCAACCCUGUUGUGUACACCCUGAGGAACAAGGAGGUGAAGAAAGCUCUGUUGAAGCUGAAAGACAAAGUAGCACAUUCUCAGAGCAAAUAGACACUAGGGAAGAUUACAUAUCUUAGCUCUUGUGAAUAGUGCUGUGAAAAACAUACAGGGGCAGGUAUGUUUUGGA